UUUUUGUCCUCAGUGGCCCCAGUAUCUAGAGGGACAAGAAGUUCUAAGAGGUGCGGAUUUGGGGUCCUGGGUGAAGGUCCCAAAUAUGAAUUUGCCUCCUAAUCCUGUAUCCUAAUUUCUAAAGAACCUGUGGGUUCUUGUGAGGUUAAAGACCUGGGUCUCCAGAAACAAAUCGCAUCCUGAAGAGACCCUUGGGACUUUUGAUCCCUCCCCAGAGUUUCAGUCCCAGAAAGGGGUAGAUCCUGGAACUGCAGGGCAUAGCGUAGGCAUUUUUUGUUUUCCUGUUGCGUAAGGUGCCACUGUAACCGAACUAACCUGAGUUCACUCCUUGGCGAGUGACAGAUGCAAACUACACCAGGUCGAGUCGUACAAAGGAAAAUUUGCAGCAGAUAAGGAGCUCAUGAGGCAUAACUUUCAAAGCCUUGACUCCCUGAGUAAGGUUGAAGGGGUUCCUUUUAUUUAGGGUUAGGAUGAAUAUUUAGAAAGGGGAUCUUUGUCAUUGUAUUGUAGAUGGAGUAAGGUCCUGCAGUCGCCUUAAGGCAACCUACCUAUACUCACACACAUUCUGUGUUAUGUAAAUGGUACUCCUAUUUGAACCAAGAUGUUAGUAUUUUAAUAUGGUGGUUGCCGCACUUCUAGAGGUCACUCCAUGAUCCCGCCUGCUCAGGGUUAAGCUCAAAGUGGUCCUGGCGGUGUUGGGGCAGUUGGUAUUGGGGCAGUCGCUAUCCCUUGACAGGUGAUUCCAAUUUCCAUUUGCCUGCGUUUAGAGAAGCCGGAAAGAGCUUAAGGAAAAAUGUGGGACAGAGAUUGGUGAGUACAAGCUGGUGAACAGUAAAGGUUAGGUGUUAGGGUCUAGCAGGUGACAAAUCCCUCCUCUAGUUUUUUUUUGUUUUUUUGUUUUUUUUUUUUCCUCUUCAUUCUUGAGGGGCACAGGGCAAAGGCCCAUCUUCUGUAGUUGUUUCCUGGUGGACAUGGGCUUGGUCAUUAGGAUUGUUAGUGGAGUAGAAUUUUCCCUUAGCUCAUUUUAGAUAUGUCUGUGGAUCACCAGGUUUAACCUCAAACUACUCAUAUAUUUGUGUUAUGACCGUCUGUAAUUUUUGGCCUUCAUGAAUUUGCGUAUGAAUUGUACCAGCCAGUUAACUGUGCAAGGUCCAAACAGCAGUAAGAGCAGUCGGAUUAUUAGUGGCCACAAGAAAAGGUGAUCAACAAAUUAAGGUAUACAUACCAUGGGUGUCCUGGGUGUGCACAGGCUUUGCAGGCUCUACUAAGGUAAAGCCAGUUAACCAGUUUUGGGCUCCAGGAGACUAGGGUCCAUUCCCUGUAUUACUUCGUGAUUUACUGGAUCUCAGGCCCUCAUCCUCAGUGCCUUGGGUGGCAAAUAAAGCAGUUCCCAAACCCCCUAGGUCUGGCCAGUCCUGUUCAUGCUCUCCAUUUGAUUUUUCCAUGUCCCAGCAGUACUGUGAUAUUUCUUUUCUGCACACUAAUGGGUUUUGUUUGGAGAGCAAUCAUCAUUAACGUCAAAGGUAAAAGGAACUAUAGUUGUUGGGACUUGGCUGUCAUUCCCUAUCUCAGGAGUAUACUUGUAGCAUGGCUUUUGCUUUGAGGUGGAAUUUAAGUAUCAUGUUAUCCUCUCUGCAUCAUUAAUAACUGGAGUAAGGUGGACACUUCGAAUUGCCCUGUGGGAAUGGCUUAGUUGUAUAGCUAUGGAAGGGGGGUUUUCAAAGGAUUUAGGGGAGCUCAUAAUGAAGUUAAUGUUAUGGUCAUUUUUUAUCGGGUGGAACACAGGCCAUACGGUUCUUUAGUUUGUUUCCGUUUGCUAUGAUCCUUCUUAUAUCUACUAGAGAAUUUCGCUCCCAGGGAUGCUUCUCUGUGUUUAUGGCUUUUGACAUCUCUAGCAUAUUGGUGACAAGAACUAAUAUUAAGAGGGUAUUCAUUAUAAAAAUCAGAACAAAGUAGAUUGGGCUAGAUCAUUAAUAAUCACGGAGAUAAUGAUGGUCUAUUAUGGGACCUGACAGCAAACAAUACAGGCUGAAGAAAAAAAAAUUAUUUAGAGUUGGGAAGCCUUUUUCUUUUCUUUUUUAAGUUUAUUUAUUUUAGAGAGCGAGUGAGCGAGGGGUAGAGAGAAGGAGAGAGGGAGGGAGAGAGAAUCCAUGCGGGCUCUGCACUGUCAGUGUGGAGCCUGAAGUGGGCUGGAGCUCACCCGAAGCGGGGCUCAAAUUCUCAAACUAUGAGAGCACAACCUGAGCCGAAGUUGGUCGCUUAUCCGACUCAGCCUCCCAGAUGCCCGGAGAACUCUUAUUCUUUGAGGCUGCACUUAUCUUGUGUUUCUGGAACAGAAGUUUCAGGCCCUCGAGUGGUUCACUGGAGUCUCUGUUGUCAUCUGGCACUGGUAGCGUCUCCUUCUGGGUCUCUGGUGCAGAUGCCUUCUUUACCAUGGUAGAUCUAAGAAUAAGCUCAGAAGAAAGUCCUAUGUUUUCAGGUUAAGGGAGGGUAUUUGAAUAAAUGCUUUCCAUUUCUGGAGGUUAUAGCCCAACGGCCUCUCCUUCAGAAUAGAAUUCAUCCCUCCCAUAUUCUGGGAUUCUUUCUUAGGGUUUCAUCUUACCCUCCACAAAGUAAUUUAUAAUGGUUAGUGGUGACACAAAUGCCACACAACCUCACCCACAAUAUGUAUGAGACUCGGUUGACUUAAAACCAGGCUCACAAGGAGAGAAAGUUAAUGCUAAGGCGUCUAAGUGGGUGUGGGUAGUUGUGCCUUACAGAGUAGCGGCUGGGGCACAGGCUGCCUCUUCCAUCCCCUCAGUGUCCAGGUGGUCCCAAAGGAUUUAUUGGCAGAGUGACUCAGGGAGAACCUGGUUUAGAUUCAAUAACUCAAGGCACACUUCCCUUUUUAAGAGGAAAAACAGAGCAGUACAGGUGUCCCCAACAGACAGAUCAAACAGGUCAAACGGGUAAGAUGGAGAUAUCCUUUACCAUGACUGAUUCUAGACUAGUCUCAGUUGGGCCACUUUUUCGUUUGCGAGGCUGAGGCACUCAGUCUCUGAGUGGCCAGGUCUUGUCCUGUGCCACUCAGGGAUGUCUGCACCUGACUGUAAUUGAGUGUUCAGUCCCCCAGAGUGUUUACUGGAGAGGCCCUGUUCUUAACUGACUGCCGGCCUGCCAGGCUUUGUGAGACAACUCCAAGAAGAUACUCUUCUAGUCACACCAUAGGAUCCAUACCACCUACCUACCUCUGUGGAGAGAUUUCAGAGCAAGGGGCUCAGAGCAGCCACAGUUCCUUCAAGGGGUCAGCAGCAUCAGUCCAGAGGCACAGACCGCACAAAGGGAGAGUCCCCUCCAAGAAUUCCUCUCCCAGUCCCCAGUGUGGAUGCGUGAGCCUGGAUGAACCGCUGCCAACUGCUCCAUCGGUGGGGUACCAGUUGUAUCUGCACAGGACUCUAUGCUUUUGUAAGAACGGCAGAAAAUGGACAAAUCCCAGGGGUCACUGUCAUUUGGGGAUGUGACUGUGGACUUCUCCUGGGAGGAGUGGCAGUGCCUGAACCCUGCUCAGAGGACCCUGUACAGGGACGUGAUGCUGGAGAACUACCACAACUUUGUCUCAUUGGGGUUUCUCAUUAACAAGCCAGAGGUGAUCUUCAGAUUGGAGGAAGGGGAAGAGCCAUGGAUAGUAAAGGAAGAAUUUCUGUACCAGAACUACCCAGAAGACAACAAAGCUCAUUACCUAACAGAGAGAAUCCAGGAAAACCAAGACAAAUAUUUGCCACAAGUUGCAUUUAAGAACAAAACACUGGCCUCAGAAAAAGUUCAUGCUUUAAGAAAACCAUCUAAUAUGAGUGCAAACUUUGUUCCUUCAAGAAAAAUGUCCUGUAAAUACGACUUACAUGGAGUGAGUUUGAAAAAUAUUUUAAUAUCAAUUGGUAGUAAUAGAAAUUCUUCAAGAAAAAAAUAUGGCAUUUUAAAUGUAUAUGAGAAAUUACUUGAUAUUAAGCAGGAAAAAGCUCAUGCUCAAGAGAUUUCUUGUGAAAAUAAUCAGAAUGAGAAAACCUUUGGCCAUAAAAAUGGUAUUAUUCAGCACCUAAAUACUCAGACUUCAGAGGAGACUUUAAAAUAUAAUGAUGGUGGAAAACCCUUAGGAGAAAAGACCAUAAUAAUUCCACACAGGCAAAAUGACAUAGGAGAGAAACUCUGUGAAUAUAAGGAACAUGGGGAAACCUGUGAGAUACCACCUCUGUUGAAAUGUCAUGCGGUCUACACAGAAAUAAAACAAUCCAAAAGCAAUCAAAUGGAAAAUAAUUUCAGUAAGAUGUCACACUUCACUCAAGUUCAGAAAAGCCAGAGAGGUGAGUGUCUAUUCAAAUGUAAUGAAUGUGGGCAAACAUUCAACUACAAGUCAAAUCUCACAGCGCAUCAGAGAACACACACGGGAGAGGAACGCUAUCAACUUAAUUCACGUAGGAAGACCAGUCACAAAUCAGUUCUCACAGACCAUUGGAGGACACAUACAGGGGAGAAACUUUAUAAAUGUAGUGAAUGUGGGAAGUCCUUUUACAAGAAGUCAUCCCUCAUUCGACAUGAGAGAACAUACACGAGGGGGAAGCCCCAUGAAUGUAAUGAAAGUGGGAAAACUUUCACCUUCGCUCAACAUCAGAGAACUCCUACAGGAGAGAAACGCUUUCAGUGUAAUGAAGACAGUACAACUUUCUGUCGGCAGUCAGACAUAAAGAGACAUCAGAGGAUUCACACAGGGGAGAAACGCUUUCAAUGUAAUGAAUGUGGUAAAACUUUCCAUUGGCAAUCAGACAUUAAGCUACAUCAGAGAACUCACACAGGAGAGAAACCCUUUCACUGUAACAAGUGUGGUAAAACUUUCUAUCGGCAGUCAGAUGUUAAUGCACAUCAGCGAAUUCACACAGGAGAGAAACGCUUUCAGUGUCAUCAGUGUGGUAAAACUUUCUAUUGGCAGUCAGACGUGCAUGCACAUCAGAGAACUCACACAGGAGAGAAACCCUUUCAAUGUAACAAAUGUGGUAAAUCUUUCCACAGGCAGGCAGACGUUAAUGUUCAUCAGAGAACUCACACGGGAGAGAAACGCUUUCGAUGUAAUGAAUGUGGAAAAACUUUCUACCGGCAGUCAGACGUUAAUGCACAUCAGAGAAUUCACACAGGAGAGAAACCCUUUCAAUGCCAUCAGUGUGGUAAAACUUUCUAUCGGCAGGCGGACGUUAACGUGCAUCAGAGAACUCACACGGGAGAGAAGCGCUUUCGAUGUAAUGAAUGUGGUAAAACUUUCUACCGGCAGUCAGAAGUUAACGUGCAUCAGAGAACUCACACGGGAGAGAAGCCCUUCCAGUGUAAUGAAUGUGGUAAAGCUUUCUACCGGCAGUCCGAUGUCAAUGCACAUCAGAGAAUUCACACAGGAGAGAAACCUUAUAGAUGUAACGAAUGUGGGAAAUGUUUUUACGAGAAGUCAUCCCUCGCUCGACAUGAGAGAACUCACACGGGAGAAAAACCCUAUGAAUGCCAGGAGUGUAGGAGGACUUUCUGCCAGAGGUCAGCCCUCACCCAACAUCAGAGAACUCACACGGGAGACAGACCCUUUCAUUGUAAUGUGUGUGGCAGAACUUACCGCCAUCUCUCAGCUUUCAAUGUACAUCGGAGAACUCACACAGGAGAGAAACCCUUUCAGUGUAUUGAAUGUGAGAAAUCUUUUCUUACGAAGUCGACUCUUAUUAAUCAUCAGAGGACUCACACAGGGGAAAAGCCCUAUGAAUGUAACGAAUGUGGGAAGAGUUUCCGUCAUAAAUCUACCCUCACUACCCAUCUGAGAACUCACUCAGGAGAGAAACCUUAUAAAUGUUGUGAAUGUGGAAAAGCUUUCGGGCGGAAAUCAGCCCUUACAAAUCAUCAAGGAAUUCACGUAGGGUAGGAACCCUAUAGCAGAAAUGUGCUAUGUUUUUCCCAAUACCCAUUUCUCUUUCUUUACGGUUACACAACUAGUCCAGAUUUGCUAGCCUGUCUUCCAUACACAUGAGGCCACAUGACCUGUGACUCACAAUAUGGGCACAAAUUCCAAGCCUGUAAAAGACCUCAUUUGGAAUUUUUCCUACUUUCGUUUUUCUUUCCUUAUCAGGGGGUAAUGGAGAUAUCCUCAGGACAACGUGGAAGCUAGUCAUUAGAGAUUACAGAUUCUUGAGUUGGAAGAAACCAGGGUCCUGGGCAGAGUUUUGCCUUCACUAACAGCACUUCAUAAGUCUUGUCAUAGACGAGAAAUAAUUUUUUUUUCAGCCAUUACGUGUUUAGAGCUUUCUGUUGUCAUAGUGUAUGCUAGCCAUGCUGUAUCCCAUCCAUCCUGUGAAUCUAAUGAAGGUAUGAGAAGCACUGUAGGUCAGAGAAUUCAUUAGGGGAGAAACUGCUCUCAAUAUCCUGCAUUUUAAUAAACCUUUCUCAACAAGCCAAACAUUUUAUAAAUCAGAAACUUACAGUGGAAAACCCCAAAAAUGAAUGUAGGAAAACUUUCACAGUCUGAUUGUCCAGUAGAUAAUUGAGAGUAGAAUAAAGCUAACAACAUGAAAAACAUUUCAAGAUUUAUAUAUCAGAAUACGUAACAAAAGAAAAUUGUCAGUUUAGGAAACAUCCUUACCUAGAAAUGAUUUUAUUCUAGAAGCGAUGUUUCGGAUGCAGUAUUAAAUAACUUACGAAUAAUAUGACACAGGAUGUUUAUUUAAUGGUCUUGCUCAUCAAGGAACACAUCGCUUUGAGAAAGGCGCGAGUGAGUUGAGUCAGAGCAGCGGCAUUCAAUGUAUAUGAGUAGCGUCUGUGCUAGGUCAGGCUUGCACACGACAGUGCUCUUUAACAGCUGUUUUCUGUAUCCUUGAUUUUUGUUUUGUACUCACAGUAGUUACAGUAGGAGCAUUGCACCCUUAUCUAAGUAACUUUUGUAACGUACACUAGGAUUUCUGACACUAAAUACUAUUGUUGUCCCAUCACAUAUUUACACCACAACAUAUAUGAAUUUUAAAAGGAACAUUGAAUGCGUGAAUGUCAUAUGUGUUUUCUGCUUUUUGGUGGCAUAUAUAGCUCCAUAUAGACAUUGUGAAGAAACUGUCGUUUUAGUAAAUCACCCACAACAUUUAACAAAGUCAAGAUUUGUUUGAAAUCUGCAACGAUUCAGCACACAGUUGUUUAUGAUACACAUGAGUUAAUUUUCAAAGGUGGCCUUGAACAUUAGUACUUCGUACGCUGUAUGGAUUGAAAGCAGGGCCCAUUGAAGACAUUUCCCCCAUUUUUGUGUUUUCCAAAGGGUACGUUUAUGUAAGUUUAAGUGCAAAGUGCAGAUAUUAAUGUGGGCACAGAACUCUCUGCGUUUGUAUUUUUUUGUGGUAGGCUGCACGUUUCCACCCUAGAAUUAUGCGUGGUUUCUGCAAACUGUUCUAUGCCCGUCACUUACUAUCUGAGUGACCUGUGUAGUGAUUUAAUCUUUCUGCUUCAAUUUUAUUAUCUACCUCACAGAUAGUGAACAGUUUGGGUUGAUGUUUUCUGUUAUUAGAGCCAAAGGCAGUUAUGUUUAGAACUUGAACAUUGGAAGUAAAAUAGUCAUUCCAUAGUAUGAAGUGUAUUUCUGCUUCUUGAGUUGAUACAAGAAGAUUCUUUUCAGAGCUUUGUGUUUUGUCAGGUUUGUCUUUAAAAUAUAUGAAACAAAUGUGUUUAGAAUAAACAGAAUAAUCUAUUGA